AUGGAGAAGGUAGUAGAAGCCUGUAUCAGUUCAACAAACGUUACGCCUCACUGGCUGCCAGGCGAAAAUGCAUUCUGGUACAAGCAGAGUCACGAGCCAGGCAAACAUGAGUUCUUCCUUGUCGACAUUAUUCAAAAAAGCCGAGAGCUUGCAUUCGAUCACAAGUUGCUUGCCGAGGUCCUACGACAAAAGACAAACGAGGAGGGCAACGACCUGGCCCUGCCGUUUGCCUUUAUUGAACCUGUACCCGAGGAAUCAUGCAUUCGAUUCCGUUUCGAUAAUCGCAAAUGGCAAUUCGGGCCAGAAGAUAAACUUGAAGAGUGGGAUGGUGACUUUGCAACAGAGCCAGAGUGCCUACUUCAGAAAGAAGCCCCUUCCUCGCAUAAUCACACCGACGUCACGGUUGAUUUCGUAAACCGGACUGGAAAGACACUCAAGGUGUACUGGAUCGACUGGGAUGGAAAGCCUGUAUACUACAGGACAAUCAAGAACGGUCAGACAAAGCGUCAACUUACCUACGUGGGCCAUGUUUGGCGACUCGUAGAUGUCUCAGAUGAGAAGUUCAGGGCAGUCUAUGCGGCACUUGACGUGGGCAUUCAUGCCGCUAUCAUUGAGAGUCUUAGUGAUUCCAUUCCAGAAGCAUCCCCGUCUAGUGAUGAUGGGAAGUCCGAGGCCGACGAGGACCCAUCCGAAGUCGAGAACGGCGCCUGUCAUGUCAAAGAGUUCAAUCUUUGGUAUAAGGACGACGAUGGCCAAGACAUUCAAUUGUCCAAGGACGGCACUGAAGAUAAUCAGUUUGAUAAGAUCCGCAUAUAUCCUUCGACAGAUGGGAAAUAUGUAGUUGCGUGGCAGUAUACCCCAGCACAAGAUCACAAAAUCAACCUAGUGGAAUCGUCUCCAGAGGACCAGAUCGAGCCGAAACUCCACACAAAAAAGUACCUCAAACCGGGCGAUCGUGUGAGGAUAGACAGGCCUCGUCUUUUUGAUCUCAAGAGCCGAAACGAAGUUUCAACAGACGACACGCUUUUUAAGAACCCCUACAAGCUGAAUCAUCUCAAGUGGAAGGAGAAUAACACAGAGUACCUCUUCUACUUUAAUGAACGCAGCCAUCAGACUGUCAGGGUUAUAGGCAUCAGCACCGACGGAAGCGUUAGGACAAUUGUCGAGGAGACAAGCGACACUUUCGUCGACUAUACAAAGUCAUACUACAAAUUCCUCAAGGAGUCGGACGAACUUCUAUGGACGAGCGAGCGGGAUGGAUACAACCACCUCUAUCUCGUUGACAUGGCCACCGGUACUAUCAAAACGCAAAUAACAAAGGGAUCCUGGAUGGUCAAUGUUAUAGAGUUUGUGGAUAAAGAUGCACGCCGAAUAUGGUUCCAGGCUUAUGGGCUCAAGGAUAGUGAGGAUCCGUACCAUGCACAUUUGGCCCGAGUCAACUUUGACGGAUCAGACUUCAAGAUUCUUACAGAGGGCGAUGGAACUCAUUCCUGGACAUUAUCCCCUGGCAAGCGAUACUUGACAGACACCUGGUCAAGGGUUGACUCUCCACCCACAACAGUCCUCCGUGACGGUGAGUCGGGAGAGCAGAUAAUGGAGCUCGGAAAGGGGGACCAGAAGGAUUUGAAAGACAAAGGAUGUUCUUUGCCAGAAAGAUUUGUUGCUCCUGGCCGUGAUGGCGAGACUCUCAUCUAUGGAAUCAUCGUCCGCCCGGCCGACUUUGACAGCACCAAGAAGUACCCCGUUCUCGACGAUAUAUACGCCGGACCGCAUGACUUUCACGUCCCCAAAGCCUUCACAUCACUAUCGCGUGAACGACUAUGGGCUGAUAAAGGCUAUAUCGUAGUAGAGAUCGACGGAAUGGGCACAGACUGGCGUAGCAAAAGCUUCCAUAAUGUCUGCUACAAGAAUCUUCACGACUCGGGGCUUCCGGAUCAUAUCGCCUGGUUAAAGAGUGCGGCAUCAACUCGGCCAUGGAUGGAUCUAUCUCGUGUAGGAAUUAUGGGCGGGUCAGCAGGGGGUCAGAAUGCCGUGGCAGGAAUGCUUCAUCACAGCGACUUUUUCAAAGCAGGUGUCGCAGACUCGGGGUGUCACGAUAACCGUAUGGACAAGAUAUGGUGGAAUGAGUUAUGGAUGGGAUAUCCAGUCGAUGAAGCAUAUGAGAAGUCGUCCAACAUUACGCACGCUUCCAAGCUUAAAGGUCCGCUGAUGCUGAUUGUUGGAGACGUUGACAAAAACGUUGACCCGUCUUCAACAUUUCAGAUGGUGAAUGCUUUGAACAAGGCAGGUAAGAAUUAUGAGUUUCUAUUGAUUCCUGGGGGUGAGCAUUGCAGUGGUGGUGGGAAGUAUGGUCUUGCUCGUCAAACUACCGGCUCCAGCUUUAGCCAGGAACCGUCCAUUACAUUUAUACACCCCCUGGCCUUUCCCCUUCUCUUUCUACUUUUUCUUUUCUUCUACCCCAUCUUUUCUCUCUUUCUUUACACACUUCCUCUUCUUCAACUUACUCCUUACUCGGAGUACAAGUCGAAGAUGAAGAUAUCGUACUUGUCCGUUGGGCUACUCGCCCUCUUUAGCCCCUUGGCCGCUGCUUGGAGCAAAGAAGAUCGCGAAAUCUUCCGCAUCAGAGAUGAAAUCGCAAAGUAUGAGACCGACCCGGCCGCCAACUUUUACGAUAUUCUCGGCGUGCCCAACUCUGCUUCGCUCGACGACGUUACAAAGGCCUAUCGCAAGCAGACUCGAAACUUGCAUCCCGACAAGGUCAGACAGUCAAUGCGAUCAAAGGCUGAAAAGGACAAGAAGUCAGGCGCAAAGGUCAAGCCUCCCACCAAUGCUGAGAUCAGGACCGCUGUCAAGAAGGCUGGCGAGGCUCAGGCCCGUCUUUCCCUCAUUGCCAACAUCCUCCGUGGCCCCGAGCGUGAUCGUUACGACCAUUUCCUCUCCAAUGGCUUCCCUCUCUGGAAGGGCACCGAUUACUACUACAACCGUUACCGACCCGGCCUGGGCACGGUCAUCGUUGGCCUGUUCCUCGUUGUUGGUGGUGGUAUUCACUACCUCACCCUCUACAUGAGCUGGAAGCGUCAGACCGAGUUUGUCGACCGCUACAUCAAGUUUGCCAGGGAAACUGCUUGGGGUGGUGGUCUCAACAUCCCCGGCGUCGAGGCUGCUGCACCUGCACCCGCCCCUGCUCCUGCUCCUGCUGCGCCCGAGAGCGAGGAGGAAGAGGCUCCUCCUCUGCCCCAGAACCGACGAGAGCGCCGCAUGUAUGAGAAGGCACAGAAGCGUGACGGCGGCAAGCCUGUCAAGAAGACCCGCCGAGCUCAGGUUUCUUCUGGAUCUGGAACUGCUACUCCUACUCCUACUGCUGGUCCUACUGGCGCUCGUAAGCGUGUCGUUGCUGAGAACGGCAAGAUUCUCGUUGUUGACUCCCUUGGUGAUGUAUAUCUCGAGGGAGAGGACGAGGAGGGAGAGAUCCACGAGUACCUCCUUGACCCCAACGAGCUUGCCAAGCCUACCAUCAAGGACACUGCUGUCUUCCGUGCCCCGAUCUUCCUUUUCAACAUCACCGCUGGCCGUUUCCUCCCCAAGAAGUCCUCCGACCUUGAGCUCGAGGUUUCGGGUGAUGAGGAGGACUCUGACGUUCCCCAACCUACUCCCAGCACUGACUCUGCCGGCGAGGACUUUGAGCUUCUCGACAAGAGCACUGAUUCGCUCAGCAAGGCCAAGGCAUCUGGCGCUUCGCAGGGCAAGGCCAACAAGCGCAAGGGCAAGAAGAGGCCCGUGGGGUCAGAUGUUGCUGAUGAUAGCAUCAGGGAGACAAUUCCCAUUGAGGAUUCUACUGAAGAUCCUAAAGUCCAGAGUUCGGCUGCCUCAACUGAAGAGACGGGCUCUAACAAUGUGGUCCUGCAGUCUUCAAAAUACGAGUCCAGUUGGAUUCGUAGGAUAUUGACACCGAGGAAUUGUCGAUGGAAUGAUGAGUCGCCACCAGCUUUGUCCAUUGGUCAUUGUCUUCUCUAUGCUAUGGCCUCGGGUAUCACGGUAGCAAAUCUCUACUACAACCAACCAAUUCUAAACAAGAUAGCCGCAACAUUCAAUGUCUCAUAUGAAGAAUCCUCCCAAGUUGCGACAUUACUACAGUCAGGAUACGCGGCUGGACUAAUCUUUGUUCUUCCACUCGGAGAUAUUCUCGAGAGACGACCGUUUAUCAUCAGCCUAGUUUUUGCCACUGCAACAAUGUGGAUAGGACUCUGCGUCACGAAUGACUUCACUGUCUUCCGAACUUUGUCUUUCCUCUGCGGCGCCACCACUGUAACACCACAGCUGAUGGUCCCUCUUGUCGGGGACUUUGCGCCUGUACAUCGAAAGGCGUCUCUUCUAGCCAUCGUCACGUCGGGACUUAUGCUUGGUCUCCUCAUGGCCAGACUACUAUCCGGGGUUGUGACCAACUUCACAAGUUGGCGUAACAUCUAUUGGAUAGCCUGUGGACUGCAGUAUCUCAUGGGCGUUGUGCUCUUCUGCUUCAUGCCCGACUAUCCAUCCACAAAUCCUGAUGGCCUCAAUUAUUUCCGUGCACUGUCUUCCAUUCCUUACAUGAUGGUUACAGAACCUGUGCUUAUACAGGCCUGUCUUAUCGCUUUUACCCUGUCAGCCGUGUUUACAUCGUUUUGGACAACCUUGACAUUUUUACUCGCUUCUCCGCCAUUUGACUAUACAUCUCUUCAGAUCGGCCUUUUUUCCCUGACAGCACUUGCGACUAUAAUGUCCAUUCCACUGAUUGGAAGGUUGAUUGAUCGCUACGUUCCUCUGCUACCAACCAUUGGUGGCCAGAUCCUGGCGUUGAUAGGAGCUAUCGUAGGAACAUUCAUUGGAAACUUUACUAUCGCAGGUCCCGUCCUCCAGGCUAUAGGUAUAGAUGUUGGUAUGCAGACUGCUCAGGUUUCCAAUCGCUCAGCUAUCUUUGGCAUCAACCCCAAAGCACGUAAUCGAGUCAACACAGCCUAUAUGGCACUGGCUUUUGCUGGCCAAUUGACUGGCACAGCAGCGGGAAACAGAUUAUAUGCCAGUGGAGGCUGGAAGAGAAGUGGCGGUUUGAGCAUUGCAUUCGUAGUACUGUCCUUAUUAAUCUCUCUUGCAAGAGGUCCCAGGGAAGAUGGCUGGGUUGGUUGGAAAGGAGGUUGGCAUCCUCGACGAGAGAAGGCCGUGACAUCGCCAACACCAACAGAGGACGAAGAAAGAGGCAGCGAGUUACAGGACAAAGAGAAAAAGUGA